CAGAGACUAAACCCAAAAAAGACAUCAAAACGACGCUGCCGCCGGCGAAAUCCACCACCACCACCGCACUACUGAAUCACCGACUGUUUUUUGAGUUCGAGUUCUUGGGAAAAUGAAUGACUCAGAGAUCAGGUUGUUUGGGAGGAAUAUUGGGGUGCCGGGUAACGCCAAGGUUCUGAUGAUCUCCGGUAGAGAAUCCACUGGUGUAGUUUCUCAGGAAGAAGCCAAUUCUAAUUGGGAUCAUAGAUUAGUGAAGAAAAUCAAUUGUUGUUUGGAACCCGAGAAAGUGAGGAGAGCUGGAGAAGAAAAAGAAGAGGAACAAAAACCAGAGGCUGAGAAGGAUCUGACAGCUGGAGAAUCCCAUGAGGCUAAACUACAAGAUAAGGCCCUGCCUCCGACUACAGAAAAAUCGACGGACCAAAAAGUGCUGCCGGAGUCAGAUGACAAUCCUAAGACUCCCUCUAUUGAUGAAGAAAUUGCAACAUCCAAUUCUUCAAAGACUGAAAAUGAUCAGACUGAUACAACUAGCUCACAAGAGAAAACCCUGAAGAAGCCGGACAAAAUUAUUCCAUGUCCCCGAUGUAAUAGCAUGGAUACGAAGUUCUGCUACUACAACAAUUACAAUGUUAGUCAGCCCCGCCAUUUCUGCAAGAGUUGCCAGAGAUACUGGACUGCCGGUGGUACGAUGAGGAACGUACCUGUGGGUGCUGGGCGUCGCAAAAACAAGAAUCUUGUCUCGCAGUAUCGUCACAUUACCAUCUCUGAAGCACUCCAUGGAGCUCGAAUUGAUGCUGCCAAUGGAAUUCAUGACCCUUCAUUCAAAACCAAUGGCACAGUCCUUUCCUUUGGCUCAGAUUCGCCAUUGCUUGAAUCGAUGGCCUCUGUUUUAAAUCUUGCAGAGAUAACGGCAGCAAAUGGUACGCGAAAUGGGAAUUACAGUUCUGAACCGGGAAUUACAGUUUCUUGCAAAGGUGGAGAAACUGGCGAUGAUCGCUCUAGUGGAUCUUCAGUCACUACUUCAAAUUCAAUGGCGGAAGGAGAGAGAAAUGGGCUUCAAGAGCCAAAGGUGCAGAUCAUUAAUGGCUUCCCUUCUCAAAUUCAAUACCUUGCUGGGGCUCCUUGGACUUAUCCCUGGAAUUCUGCUGUUCCUGUGCCAGCCAUUUGCUCUUCAGGGUUUCCCAUGCCAUUCUUUCCUGCGCCGUAUUGGAAUUGUGGUGUCCCUGGUGCCUGGACAAUUCCUUGGUUAUCUCCAACAUCUCCUACAACAAACCAAAAUGCAUCAAGCUAUGGUCCGAAUUCACAAAAUCUGGGUAAACAUUCAAGGGAUGGGGACUUGCUUAGGGUCGAGUCCAUAGAACAGUUGUCUGGAGGAUCUGUGGUAAUUCCAAAAACUUUGAGGAUUGAUGACCCUGAUGAAGCUGCAAAAAGUUCGAUAUGGGCAACGCUUGGGAUUAAGAAUGACUCAGUUAGCAGGGGAGGGUUUUUCAAGGCCUUCAAACCAAAUGGUGAUGAAAAGAAUCACAUAGCCACACCCUCUCCAUUGUUGCAGGCUAACCCUGCAGCCUUGUCUAGAUCCUUUACCUUCCAAGAGACUGCCUAAAGUGAUUGAUAUCUCGGUUUUCUUCAUUUUGGAAGGGAAAAACAAUGUUGGAUUCAGCUUGCUGGUGUAACUCUGAUCCACAUUUGGCCAUGGUGGGUUAUGUUGAUUUACCAGCUUCAUUUGAACAUGAAGACAGAAUUAUGUGACAGAUGGAAUUGAAGCGUAGUUUAUUAUUUGUCUCAUAGAAGCCCUAUUAAAACCCGAAUAUCUUCUUGUUGUAACAUUAAAAACAGGUGCCUUUUUGUUUUGGUUGAGUGUGUUUCCAUGUACAUAUCUUAUUAUAAGAAACACUGACAUCAAUAGGAGAUAAUUGUUAAAGGUAUUUAGAUGUACUAAAGUUCAAGAUGUUGUAUCUAUGUAGGGGUCUUAACUAGUUUGGAAAGUGGCCCUUUUUCUAUUUUCUUCUCCGUUUUUACGAAUAAAGAUCUCUC